AUGCCUGCUAUUAUCCCCCAGACCCCUCACAAGGACGACUUGGAUGAAACAUGGACGUUUCUAGAGAAGGGCAUCGAUAGUGUGAUGCUCAAAUUGGAGGAGGGGGUGGAUAUGAAAACGUAUAUGGCACUGUACACCGCGGUCCAUAACUUUUGCACAUCACAGAAAGCCAUCGGCAGCAGCCAGAACAUAAAAGCGCAUCAUGGAGGUCGGUUACCAUUCUUACAGCGACACAACACUCCCAGGACAUCAUCGUUGACGACGUUUGCAGCACAUCUGCUUGGAGAGGAGCUGUACAAGCUGCUUGGAGAGUACCUUUCCCGCCACCUUGACGCUGUAUACAGAGAGUCGGAAGGCCACGCGGAAGAGGCCCUGCUAGGAUUUUAUAUCCGGGAGUGGCUCCGUUACACGACUGCGGCUAAGUAUAUCAAUCAUCUUUUCCGGUAUUUGAACCGUCACUGGGUCAAACGGGAAAUUGACGAAGGCAAGAAGAAUGUAUACGACGUGUACACAUUGCACUUGGUCAAGUGGAAGGACGAUUUCUUCAUGAAGGUCCAUGAAAAGGUCAUGGAAGCCGUUUUAAAUUUGGUCGAGAAGCAGAGAAACGGUGAAACCAUCGAGCAGUCCCAGAUCAAGAGCAUCGUCGACUCGUUCGUCUCCCUUGGUCUGGACGAGAGCGACAGCAGCAAGUCAACUCUCGAGGUUUACCGGUACUACUUCGAGAAGCCCUUCAUUGUCGCUACCAGAGUUUACUAUGAAAACGAGUCUCGUCAGUUUGUUGCCGAAAACAGUGUCGUUGAAUACAUGAAGAAGGCAGAGGCCCGUCUCGAUGAAGAAAAGGCCCGCGUGGGCCUGUAUCUGCACCAAGACAUCGCCAAGCACCUCACCGACACGUGUUUGGAUGUUCUUGUUACAGCCCACUCGGAACUACUGCGCGACGAGUUCCAAGUUUUGCUCGAUAAUGAACGCCAAGAAGACCUGGCGAGGAUGUACAGACUGCUGUCGCGAAUCAGAGACGGUCUUGACCCCUUGCGCACGAAAUUCGAGGCUCACGUCAGGAAGGCAGGCUUGGCCGCAGUGGAGAAGGUUGCUGCUGAUGGCGAUGCAUUCGAACCUAAACUGUACGUGGACGCCUUAUUGCAGGUACACACGAGGUAUCAGAGUUUGGUCAGCGAGGCCUUCAAUGGCGAGUCAGAAUUUGUCCGGUCCCUGGAUAAUGCUUGCCGAGAGUUCGUUAAUCGCAACAAAAUAUGCAAGUCUGGAUCAACAAAAACGCCAGAGCUUCUGGCCCGGUACACCGAUUCGCUACUCAAGAAGGGAUCCAAAGCAGCGGAAGAGUCCGAACUGGAAGAGAUGCUCGUACAGAUCAUGACCGUCUUCAAAUACAUCGAAGACAAGGAUGUGUUCCAGAAAUUCUACUCCAAGAUGCUUGCCAAACGAUUGGUCCAUGUCAGCUCGGUCUCUGACGAUGCCGAAACCAGUAUGAUCAGCAAGCUCAAGGAGGCGUGUGGAUUUGAGUACACCAACAAACUGCAGCGCAUGUUCCAGGAUAUCCAGAUCUCGAAGGAUCUCAACGCCAGCUACAGAGAUUGGCAGGAGAAGAUCUUGGACGACGACGAUCGAAGGAAGCUGGUAGACUCACACUUCCAGAUUUUGGGAACUGGGUUCUGGCCUCUUAAUGCGCCUUCGACCGACUUCCUAGCACCUCCUGAAAUUGUCAAGACUGCUGAGCGGUUUCAGAGUUUCUACUUUGACAAGCACAAUGGUCGCAAGCUGACAUGGCUCUGGCAGCUAUGCAAAGGAGAGAUCAAGGCUAACUACAUCAAGAACACUAAGGUUCCAUACACGUUCCAGGUGUCAACCUUCCAAAUGGGCAUCCUCCUGCUGUUUAAUGAGCACGACACGUUGUCUUACGAGGACAUUCAGAAGGCCACAUCUCUUGCACCCGAGAUUCUCGACCCGAACUUGAGCAUCUUCUUGAAGGCCAAAGUGCUCACCAUAAGUCCUGAAGGGUCCAAACCAGAGCCAGGCGCAUCGUUCUCUCUGAAUUAUAAUUUCAGGAACAAGAAGAUCAAGGUCAACCUCAACAUCCAAAUCAAGUCCGAGCAGAAGGUCGAGUCCGACGACACACACAAAACGAUCGAAGAGGAUCGGAAGCUGCUGCUUCAGUCCGCCAUCGUCCGUAUCAUGAAGUCGCGCAAGAAGAUGAAGCACGUGCAGCUUGUCCAGGAAGUGAUCCAACAAGUCAAAUCUCGCUUCCCUCCCAAAGUUCCUGACAUCAAGAAGAACAUUGAAGCUCUUAUGGAGAAGGAUUAUAUAGAGCGGUUGGAUGGUGACGAAAUCGCUUACAUUGCAUGA